AUGAAGACCACUUGGAAGGACAUUGCACCGGUCCCGACCUCUCAGGAAUUUAUCGACAUUGUCCUCAGUCGAACACAACGGCGACUGCCCACUCAGAUUCGCGCAGGCUUCAAAAUCAGCCGAAUCAGAGGUUUCUACACCCGAAAAGUCAAGUUCACCGCCGAAACCUUUAGCGAGAAGCUUCAGGCCAUCCUUGAAGGAUUCCCCCGCCUGCAGGACAUCCAUCCUUUCCACAAAGAUCUCCUCAACACCCUCUACGAUGCCGACCACUUCAAGAUCGCGUUGGGCACUCUAUCCACCGCCAAACGAUUGAUUGAGACGGUCUCCAGAGACUACGUCCGAUUGUUGAAAUAUGCCCAGUCCUUGUUCCAAUGCAAAUCUCUCAAGAGGGCCGCCCUGGGCCGGAUGGCCACAAUUUGCAAGAGAUUAAAGGAUCCUUUGGUCUAUCUGGAACAAGUCCGACAGCAUCUGGGUCGUCUUCCAAGUAUCGACCCAAAUACCCGAACACUACUGAUCUGCGGCUAUCCUAAUGUCGGAAAGUCGAGUUUUCUGAAAUCCAUUACCCGCGCCGACGUUGAUGUGCAGCCUUACGCCUUCACGACAAAGUCGCUCUUCGUGGGACAUUUCGACUACAAAUAUCUGAGAUUCCAGGCCAUCGACACGCCGGGUAUUCUCGACCAUCCACUGGAAGAGAUGAACACGAUCGAAAUGCAAUCAAUUACGGCGAUUGCCCACUUGAGAUCCGCCAUUUUAUACUUUAUGGAUCUCUCUGAACAGUGCGGCUACUCUGUAUCUGCACAGAUGGCCUUGUUCAAUUCGAUCAAGCCACUGUUUGCCAAUAAAUUGGUCUUCAUCGUGAUCAACAAAACGGAUGUGACCAAACCCGAGGAUCUUGACCUCGAUCAACAACAAGAACUCAAAGACCUUUUGACGCAAAACUCCAACACCGAGCUUCUUCAGUUGUCAUGUGUCACCAGCGAAGGAGUUCAAGAAGUCAAGAAUACCGUCUGUGACCGAUUGAUUGCCGAUCGCGUGGCUGCCAAACUGAAGGCUGGUCAAGCAUCUCAACCCUCAGACGCCGAUGCUCCCACGGGCCGCCUUGGCGAUCUUCUCGCUAGAAUUCACGUGGCUAGACCUCUUGCAGGCUCCGUCAGCGAGACGUACAUUCCUGAGGCAGUCAAGAACGGCACGUACAAAAAAUACGACAAGUCUGACCCUGAGAGGCGAAGGCUGGAGCGAGAUGUCGAAGAAGAAAAUGGUGGUGCUGGUGUAUACAAUGUCGAUUUGAAGAAGAUUUACGAUCUGGCUGACCCCGAUUGGGCUCAUGACAAGAUUCCGGAAUUCUUCAAUGGGAAAAACGUCGCCGACUAUGUUGACCCGGACAUUGAAGAGAAGCUGGCGGCACUGGAAGCAGAAGAGGAACGAUUGGACGCCGAAGGGUUCUAUGAUGAGAGCGAGAGUAUGGAAGACGAAGAUGACGCCGAGAUUCGCAUGAAGGCCGACUUGAUCCGAAACAAGACGACGCUAAUCAGGAACGAGGCACGGAUGAAGAAGAGUCUCAAGAACAAAGCACACAUCCCUCGAGCCAAGAAAUCCCGAACGUUGGGCCAGAUGGAGAAGCAUUUUACCUCCAUUGGACUCGAGUCGUCCGCCACCGUCGACCGAGCCCGAGCACAGAUCCGCAAUGUCCGGCCUGGAUCUACAGCGGGUGAUGAAAUGGACAUUGAUACACCUUCAGCAAGGGCCCGAUCUGUGUCUAGGGCGCCCAGGACCAACCGGCUCACAGACGGAUUGGGCUCUAGUGCCACCGGAAUCACCGACCCCGUCAAGCGAGAGAAGGCAGCACGCAUGUCGAAGCUCAGUCAGAGAAAGAUGAACCGCAUGGCUCGGCAGGGUGAGGCUGAUCGGCACGAGACGGCGUCCUUGCCGGCCCAUUUGCUCAAGGGCAAGAGAUCGAUGGGAUCUGCCAGAUCGCGAUAG